UGCAAGGCUGGAUCCCCGAGAGAAUCCCGGGUCGCCAGCGUUCCAUUGUGCCGGCUGCUGCCGACUGCGCGCCAGAGAGAGCGAGAAGCCUGCGAGUGGCCAGGCAUGAUGGUGAAUCAGUUAUCCUGUAGAAAAGGCUCCUGGAAUUGGUUUCACUGAAUCUGUGAUCUUUUAUAUGGAUAUUUUGAAAAAACAUUCUGACUAGGGCCCAGAGUAAUGAUUGAGGUGUGACAAGUCAGAUGAAAAAAAUGGAAGAAGGUGGUUCUUAUAUUGACACCCUCAGAAGUGUUGCCCCUGCAGCCCAUGGCAGGGGAGCCCGAUACUCAGAAGCCUGGGAGUAUUUUCACCUGCCCUUGGCCCACUCUGGCCUUCCUGCCAGUCAAUAUGCCACUUGUAGGCUGUGUGGAAAGCAGGUCAGCCGGGGCCCAGGGUUCAACGUUGGAACCACUGCUCUGUGGAAGCAUCUGAAGAGUAUGCAUAAGCAAGAACUGGAAAAGAGUGGGCACCGACAGGCUGGUCCUCGCCCAGAAGCACCACCUCCUCUUCCACCCUCCCCACCAGGUGUAGAGGGAGACUGGGGACGCCUGAUGGAGCAGAUGGGAGCGCUGGCUUUACGGGCGAGCCAGCGAGAGAGGGAACUGGAAAAGAGGGAGAGGGCAGUGGAGAGGAGAGAGAGAGUCCUGGAAUUGAGGAAAAGGGCCAUUGAAGAGGAGGAGAAAGAUUUAUCAGAGAAGAGGCAAGAGCUUCAGGCUGAGAAGGAGGGGUUGCAAGCCCGACUCCUGGAAGUAUGCCAGAGGGAAAAUGCUUUAGCCCUGGCCACUGCCCCUCUGUCUACCCUGAUCAAAGAGGAGCCAGAGGAUCAUGGUGAGGGCUACUUAAUAACCAAAGUCCUUUUCUAGAGUGUUGGUCUUAGGUCAGCCUGAGGCAAAGCA